UUCGAUUCUAUUCUACUCUGUUUUCAUAAACAAAUCUUUAUAAAUAGACUGUCCUUCCAUGUUCAUGAACGCCAUGAUUUCUACGCCCUCUUUGACCGAAAUGGCAGAGAGUAAAGGAACAGAAAAGAAUGGGGAGGAUAUCAAACCACCCACCACCAACCUCAUCCCAUUCAGCAAGCUCCUGAGCUAUGCUGACGGUGUGGAUUGGAUUCUGAUGGUGAUGGGCACGGUUGGUUCCAUCAUCCAUGGUAUGGCCCAGCCCAUUGGGUAUCUCUUACUUGGCAAAGCCCUUAAUGCGUUUGGAAACAAUAUCAACGACAGAGAUGCAAUGGUUAAAGCCCUUUACAAGGUUGUGCCCUUUGUGUGGUACAUGGCCAUUGCUACUCUCCCUGCUGGUAUACUUGAGAUUGGUUGCUGGAUGUAUACUAGCGAAAGACAGCUCGCACGUAUGAAGUUGGCUUACCUCAAAGCAGUACUGAGUCAAGAGAUUGGAGCUUUUGAUACUGAUCUAACAUGUGGGAAAAUAAUUGCUGGAAUAACAAACCACAUGAACCUCAUUCAAGAUGCUAUUGGUGAGAAGUUGGGUCAUUUUCUAUCGAGCUUCUCCACCUUUGCUGUGGGCAUCCUGGUUGCUUUUGUCUGUUGUUGGGAAGUGGGCUUGCUUACAUUGCUGGUGGUGCCUAUGAUAUUGGUAACCGGAGCUACUUACAGUAAUAAGAUGAAUGCCAUCUCUGGAAUGAGACUUAUUUAUCUAUCGGAAGCUACAUCUAUGGUAGAGCAGACAAUAUCUCAGAUUAAGACUGUCUUCUCAUUUGUUGGUGAGAGUUCUGCAUUGAAGUCUUUCUCCAAUUGCAUGGAGAAACAAUUCCAGCUAAGCAAGAAAGAGGCACUGAUAAAGGGUGUGGGUUUGGGUGUGUUUCAAACCAUAACGUUCUGUUCAUGGGCUCUGAUCGUAUGGGUCGGAGCAGUCGUGGUGACCGCCGAGAGAGCUAAAGGAGGGGACACGAUCGCUGCAGUGAUGAGCAUUCUCUUUGGUGCAAUAUCGGUGACGUAUGCUGCACCAGAUUUACAAAUCUUCAAUCAGGCAAAGGUUGCAGGAAGUGAAGUUUUUCAAGUGAUUGAAAGAGAGUCAAGCAUAAGCUAUGAAACAAAAGGAAAGGAACUGGAGACUAUCAGUGGAAAUAUCGACAUCCGUGGAGUAUAUUUCUCAUACCCAUCCCGCAAUGAUAAGGUGAUUCUACGAGGGUUUUCUUUGUCAAUCCCAGCAGGCAAGGUGGUGGCUUUAGUGGGCAGCAGUGGGUGUGGGAAGAGCACUGUGAUUUCCCUAAUGCAGAGGUUCUAUGACCCAUCCACAGGUGAGAUAUUCAUUGACAAUCACAACAUCAAAGAUAUCGAUUUGAAAUUCCUAAGGAAAAACGUGGGAGCAGUUUCGCAAGAGCCAUCACUCUUUGCAGGGACGAUCAAGGAUAAUUUGAAGGUUGGAAACAUGGAUGCGAGUGACCAACUGAUUGAAAAAGCAGCAAUGACGGCAAAUGCGCAGUGCUUCAUAUCCCAGCUUCCAAAUCAAUACACAACUGAGGUAGGAGAAAGGGGAGUACAGUUAUCAGGCGGGCAGAAACAGAGAAUAGCGAUAGCAAGAGCGAUUCUCAAAGACCCUCCAAUUCUUUUGCUUGACGAGGCCACAAGUGCACUUGAUUCGGAGUCAGAGAAGCUGGUUCAAGAUGCCCUUGAGAAAGCAAUGAAAGGGAGGACUGUUAUCUUGAUCGCCCACAGACUUUCAACUGUUAUUAAUGCAGACAUGAUUGCUGUGGUUGAGAAUGGGAAAGUUGCAGAGACUGGAAGCCACCGUGAAUUGCUAAAAACCAGUGAAUUCUACCACAGCCUAUUUAACAUGCAAAAUCUCACAACAGGAACUGAGUCUAGGGGCAUGGAUCCUAGCGAGGAAGUAAUGAAUAAGAAUGAAGUGAUGAAUAAGAGCUAUGAGACCUCUUCUCAAGCUUCUGAGCUAUCCGAGCAAUCGAAGGAGUUCAGCAUCGAGCUACAUGUUUAUCCAGUGCAAGGACAGGUUAUGAAAAGAAAAACAGUUCCUUUUUCAAGAAUCUGGUUUGGAUUGGAUAAGAUUGAAAUUGCAAAGUCUGCAUUUGGAUCUUUUGCUGCAGCUCUUUCUGGUAUAAGUAAGCCUGUUUUUGGGUUUUUCAUCAUUACAAUCGGAGUAGCAUAUUACAAGGAAGGUGCAAGGGGAAAAGUGGGGAUGUAUUCCAUGGUGUUUUGUCUAAUCGGAAUGCUUGCAUUAGUCACUCACACCCUGCAGCAUUAUUUCUAUGGUGUGGUGGGAGAAAAGGCUAUGAGAAACCUUAGGCAAGCUUUGUAUUCAGCUGUACUUCGCAAUGAGAUAGCCUGGUUUGAGAAACCUGAAAACGGCGUGGGCUUCCUCACAUCACGGAUCAUCAAUGACACCACCAUGAUCAAAACCAUAAUCUCUGACCGCAUGGCAAUCAUCGUCCAAUGUAUCUCUUCAAUUCUAAUUGCAACCACGGUCAGCAUGAUUGUCAACUGGAGAAUGGGCCUAGUUGCCUGGGCCGUCAUGCCUUGCCACUUUAUUGGCGGCCUGGUUCAAGCCAAGUCAGCCAGGGGAUUUGCAGGAGACUCCUCUGUUGCUCAUCAAGAUCUCGUUGCUCUUGCAUCCGAGUCCACAACCAACAUUAGAACUGUGGCCUCUUUCGCUCACGAAGAGCAAAUACUCAAGAAAGCCAAGCUCUCUCUGAAAAAACCAAUGAGGAUGAAAAGGAAACAAUGCCUCAAGUAUGGGAUUGUUCAAGGGUUAUCUCUUUGCUUAUGGAACAUUGCUCACGCCAUUGCUUUAUGGUACACUACCAUUUUGGUACAUAAGAAUCAAGCCUCUUUUGAGGAUGGGAUAAGAUCAUACCAGAUUUUCUCACUCACAGUUCCUUCAAUCACAGAGCUAUGGACACUGAUCCCCACAGUCAUUUCAGCCAUCAGUGUACUAACCCCUGCAUUUGAGACCCUCGAUCGGCAAACUGAAAUAGAACCAGAUACACCAGAAAAUUCAAAAAUUGGAAGGAUGAAAGGAAAAGUUGUCUUUGAAAAGGUCAGUUUCAAUUACCCAUCAAGGCCAGAAGUGACUGUACUAAGCAAUUUCACUUUAUCAAUUGAAGCUGGGUUGAAGGUGGCACUAGUUGGGCCUAGCGGAGCAGGGAAAUCCUCUGUUUUGGCUCUUCUGUUAAGGUUCUAUGAUCCUUGCAAAGGAAGGAUCCUGAUCGACCGAAAGGACAUAAAAAGUUUUAACCUGAGAUGGUUGAGAACCCAAAUAGGAUUUGUACAGCAAGAGCCUCUUCUCUUUAGUUCCUCAAUUAGAGACAAUAUCUGCUACGGGAACGAGGAAACUUCAGAAACUGAAAUGGUGGCAGUUGCAAUGGAUGCAAAUAUUCACGAAUUCAUUAGUAAUUUGCCUGAUGGAUACAAUACAGUUGUGGGAGAGAAGGGAUGCCAGCUUUCCGGUGGACAAAAACAGAGAAUAGCCAUCGCUAGAACUCUGCUAAAGAAGCCUGCAAUUUUGCUGCUAGACGAAGCUACAAGUGCACUAGAUGCAGAGUCUGAGAGGGCAGUAAUGAAUGCUCUAGAAUUGAUGAAACUGAAGGAAUCUAAAGGGUUAUUGUCUAGAUGCACCCAGAUUACAGUCGCACAUCGGCUCUCCACAGUAGUGAAUUCGGAUACCAUUGUAGUAAUGGAUAAAGGCGAGGUUGCCGAAAUGGGUCCCCAUUCAGACUUGAUUGCAGCAACUGAAGGGAUUUACUCAAGAUUGCUCCAUCUUCAAAGCUUGGUAGAAAGUAAGGCCGAUACAUUGUAG